CCCCAGAGAUCCCUCUCGAGGAGGGGCUGCAAACCCAUCCCAGGGAGCUGCGAGGAGGAAAUACCCUCCCUGAUCCGGGAAGGCGUCUGGAGAUCCAGGCGGAGCUCAGAGCUGGUGGAGAAGCCCCACAAGUGCUUGGAAUGUGGGCAGGGUUUCAGCCUGAGCUCCCAGCUGAUGCCGCAUCAGAGGAUUCACAAUGGAGAGAAGCCCUAUGAGUGUGGGAAAUGCAGGAAGAGCUUCAGCACUAUUUCUAAUCUGAUGCAGCACCAGGUGAUCCACACAGGGGAACGGCCCUACACCUGCUUGGAAUGUGGGAAGAGCUUUGGGUGGAGCUCCAACCUGAGAUACCACCAGUGCUUCCACGCUGGGGAAAGGCCCUACGAGUGUCCCCAGUGUGGGAAGAGGUUUCAGACCAGCUCCAAUCUCCUCCUACAUGAGCGGAUUCACACAGAGGAGAGGCCCUUUCGCUGCCCCGACUGCGGGAAGGGCUUCAACCGCAACGACACCCUCACUGUCCACCGGCGCAUCCACACCGGGGAGAGGCCCUACGAGUGUCCUGAGUGUGGGAAGAGCUUCUCACAGAGCUCUGCCUUGACCGGACACCAACGGAGUCACCACUAAGGGAAGCCCUGUGAGUGCCCCGAGUGUGGGAAGAGCUUCGUGCUCUGUUCCAGCUCCAUCCCCCAUGGGAGGAUCGGUGUUGGAUGAUCCCCAGUGACCCCCGCUGAGCAGAGCCCUGAUGAUCCGUGGUCCCGGUGAUCUCCGUUGGGUGGGGGAAGGGGUUGGAGAGAUUUCUCUCCCUUCUCCUUGUGCUGCUGUGAUUUGGUUGGUAAUAAAUUCCCUCGCCGUGCCCAGGCUGGGUCUGUUGUUCCCAUGCAGGUGUUCGGGGUGGGAUCUCUCCCGUUCCUUCUCUCAACUCCCGGGCCUCUCCUCAGCCAAUCAGAGAAUGCGAUGAAGAAGAUUCAGCCAAUGAGAGAGAGCAG